AUGUUUCGAUUAUGUGUUACACCAAGUGCAAAUAAGACAAUUUUUAAAGUGAAUAUCAGGGAUGGAAGAUAUUUGGUUAAGUUUACAAAUAAUUUAAAUUUAAUAAAUAAUGGAGCAGUAGGAACAAUAGAAGCUUCUAGUAUGCAGUUUGUGUCAGAUUGUAAGAGGCAGUCGAAUGAAACAAUAUCUGUAUCUAAUAAUAACAUUCAGCAAAAAAAAGAAAAAGGAAAGAAAACCACAUUAUUGAUAAAAGAAGAUUUGAAGAUAUCAUCAGAACAAAAUGUAAAUGAGUCAGAAGCUCUAAAUAAAUUUAAAAUAUUGGGUGACUUAAAAUCAUUUCCUAUUUUGGGUUCUAAAGUAACAGAUAACUAUGGAAUAGAAUGUGUCGAAAAUAAUAUAAAUUCUAAAAUUCCAACUGUUGCAUAUAUCCUUAUAAAGACUCUGUCUGUCAAAGUAAACAAUGCUUUAAAGAAAUGGAAACAGAAUAUGAUUAGUACCUAUGGGAAGACAUACUUUAAUGCUUAUUAUAAAGGUGUAUUGAAUGAUAGCAAAUUAUUUCAUUCUUGUAUUCGAAAUGUGUUGUUAGAUAAAGAUAUUAAAAUUCCUGUUAAUAUUAAAUCAGUAUAUUUUAGCGUGCAACCAAUAUUAAGUGAUAUACAAAAGGUUUAUGCAGUUGAAACAAAUAUUACACAUCCAACAUUGCGAUACAAGGGCAGUUUAGACUGCAUUGCUACUUACAGGGGUGAGAUAUAUGUAAUUAAUUGGAAAAAAUCAGGGCAAUGGAAAGCAUCACUUGCAACAACUUUUGAUGCACCUAUACAACUUGCUGCUUAUAUUGGAGCUAUAAAUGCUUCCAAUAAGUUUUCAUUUAAGAUACAUAAAGGAUUGAUUGUUAUUGGUUAUACAAAUGGUGAACCUGCAAGUGUCUAUGAAUUAAAAAAUGGUAGUUUACAAGAAGCAUGGAAAGAAUGGUUAAGAAGGUUAGAAGAAUUUUAUACAAAGCUGGUCAAUGUAGAUUAA